UGGACAACCCAGUUAGAAGAAUAUUGUCAAAACUUCAUUGCUUUAAUAUUUCACACUUUAAUAAAAGACAACAUAGUUAAAAUUAGGAAUCAGAAAGUGCAAAAGCAGAAGGGCUACAAUGACUGUGCACUCUUUGCUAUAGCCUUUGCCACCACUCUAUGCCAUGGUGAAGACCUCACCACCAAGAGAUAUGGCCAGAGAGCCAUGCGCCCGCACCUUGUUUAUUGCCUGGAGUCUUCAAGGAUGACCGAGUUCCCAACAACUAAUGAUACAGUUGAGCUUGUUCAUCCUGUGGUAGGCAAAAAUGUACCUAUUUACUGCACAUGCCAAUUGCAUAACAACAAUGCUGCUUAUGUCAAGUGUUGUGGAUGCUGUGAGUGGUACCAUCCAGAUUUUGCUAAUAUCCCUGAAUCUGCAUUCCAUCCAACAACAAAAUGGUUGUGCUUUGAAUGCAACCAGAAAAACACAAACACUUAUUAAACUCAUGUGAUAUCAAAACAAGUCUUCCUGUUGUGAGCCAAAACCUUUACCCUCUUUACAGUAGAUGAAGCAAUUCUUUCAGGAAACCUUAUAUUACAUUAAUAUAAAAUAAUAAUUACACCUGUAACAAAGUAUAUUGAUUAGGUUAUUGUGGCUGUACAAGAAAUAUUGUGUAAAUUUAAAACUUGACAUACAUUGAAAGCUUCUUUCUCUGGUUUGAUCAGUUCAAUAAACAGCAGAGACAGAACUUUUUUUCUCAGCUGUUACAAAAAAAAAUAAUAACUUAGAGAUGGAAAAAUUGCCAAUUUUUACAACUUCCAAGGAUGUAAGGAAGAAAUUGGAUGUGAAUUUUAAGCCUUAGGAGAAUCUCUUCUCUUUGAUGAAUCCUUUUGGAGGAAAAAAAUUGUUUAUUUAUCACAAACAAUGAGUCACAUGCCUGUGGCUAAUGAACAGUCAAGCCAGAAAAAACAAAAUUAAUACAAGGUCAUGCAAAAAGAAACCACCACAACUUGGCAUACUAACAGAUUGUUGUAUCCCUCCUUUUGUUAGUGGCACUGGUGAUUCGUGAUUCUUAGUUAUUUUGAAUAACUUUUGUAUGUGAAUUCUAUCAAUCAUGUGUUGGAUGGUUUCAUGUAUAGGCAAGCAAUGAGCAAAACACCCAUGUCCAUUAUACUUUUACAAUGUAAACCAUUGAAUAAAAGAUUUACUAUCCAACUAGAUAAAAUCACAUCAUGUUUGCUUUGUCUAGUCCUUGCAUGCUGUUGUCUGCAGUCAUUGUGUGUGCUUUGUCCUCCUUCAAUGGCAGAAAAAAAUUGGGCCAUCACAUUUAAUAGCUACACCCUCUUCCUGGUUGACAACAUAUAAUAAACUUCCUUCUUACUCCUGAGGAAUUCUAUUAGACUGCAUUCACCCGGGAGACUUCCUUAAGAUAUGAAUUUACCCCUGAGGAACUUACUGAACAGUACUUUUUUUCCUAAUAAAAUUCCAUGAAUUCUUUGUUUACCCUAAAUAACUCCAAUGUUUAAGACUAUUCCCCAAGGAUUUCCAAAACUAUUACAACACCCCUAGAGAAUUCCAUUGAUCUUUGCUCACUUCAAACUGGGAUUGUACAUUGCAAUACAGAAUUUGCACAUUCUCUUGGUAGUCACUUAGUAUGGUGAAAUGACAUAAGAUUGGAAUAACAGUUAAUGUUGUCAAAGAAGAGGAGUCCCGGCCAACACUGGCAAAAAUAAAUAAGAAUAAGCAAAAAAAUAAUAAUAAUUAAGUAUUAUAAUCCAUUGUAUGGGCCUUGUGACCUCUGAAUAGGAAUUCUCUUAACAAUCUCUUAUCCUGCAACAACAGCUUGAUGUCUUUUUUAUUAUUGUUAUCAUAUUUUUAAACAAAAGAAAAAACGUUGAAACUAGAGGUACCUUUCAUCUAUGUGACGUGAACAUAGAUCACAGGGCCCAUUGUCAAUUAAUUGCAAAGCUUGAUCAGCAGUUACUAUGAAUCGAAUUUUCUACGAAUUCAGUAGAACUGCAACUGACCAAGCAACGUUUUAAAACUCACCUUAAUUCAACUCGAGGGAAGAGAUAAUUGUAGCCUCUGCACACGUACUGUAUAUCAAAAGAGCUCAUGAUUUUAAUAAUUGUUCACGUACGAAGAUCAGCUAAGAUCCAUUCGGAAAAAUUUUCGGCGAUCGUAUAACUCGGUCCCAGUCUCUGGAUCGAGGAAGGGCCCUCUCGUCUAUCCCUUCAAGUGACUAAAUGUUUAGGGUGUAUAUAUAAAUGCGAAAUUUGCAAUAAAUUCACACUGUAGUUAUAAGAAAAAUUUAGCCAUAAAGUCACUUUGUAUAUUCUACAAACCGAGAAUUUAGCCAUUAAUUAACGGCUAAAUAUUUUCCUUUUUAUAGAAAUUAUUUAGCCAUUAAUUAACGGCUAAACAUUUCCUCUAUAUAUGUAGUAAGUGAAAAUUAGCCAUUAAAUAACGGCUAAAUAUUCCUCCUAUAUAUAUGUAGAGUAGGUAAAAUUUAGCCAUUAAUUAACGGCUAAACAUUUCCUAUAUAUAAGGAGGUUACACUUAGCCAUCAUUUAACGGCUAAAUAUUCCUUGUAUGUAAAGAAUGUUAAACUUAGCCAUUAAUCAACGGCUAAAUAUUCCUUUAAUAUUUGUAGAGUAGGUAACAUUUAGCCGUUAAUUAACGGCUAAACAUUUCCUAGAUAUAUGAAGAGAAGGUUAAACUUAGCCAUUAAUUAACGGCUAAACAGUUCCUAGAUAUAUGAAAAGAGGGUUAAACUUAGCCAUUAAUUAACGGCUAAACAUUUCCCAUAUAUAUGGAAAGAAGGUUAAACUUAGCCAUUAAUUAACGGCUAAAAAGUUCCUAGAUAUACGAAAAGAAGGUUAAACUUAGCCAUUAAUUAACGGCUAAACAUUUCGCAUAUAUAUGAAAAGAAGGUUAAACUUAGCCAUUAAUUAACGGCUGAACAUUUUCCAUAUAUAUGGAAAGAAGGUUAAACUUAGCCGUUUAUUAACGGCUAAACAUUUUAUUUUAUAUUUGUGUAGGAAGUUAAACUUAGCCGUUCAUUAACGGCUAAAUAAUUUCACUAUAGGUUAGAGAGAAGGUCAAACUUAGCCGCUAAUUAACGGCUAAAUAAUUCCUUUUUGUUUAUAGAGGUUUAACUUAGCCGUUAAUCAACGGCUAAAUAAUUCCAAUAUAUACCUGAGGCAGGUCAAACUUAAAAAUAUUUCAAAAUAUUUUCAACAUAUAUAGAUAAAGGAGGUCAAACUUAGCCAUAUUCUUUAGGAGGUUCAACUUAGCCAUUAAAUAACGGCUUAUUAUGUACGAACUAUAGGGAUCGCGCGGGGGAGAGGCUGGGGAGGUUCAGUAAUUUGACAUUUCAUUCUAAAUGACCUCAAAAAGAGAACUACGAAAUUUGCCCCUCCCUUCUUACCGGACCCAACAUUAAAAGAACUGCUCCGCGGUUGGUUCUUUAAGCCGUUAAUUGAUUCGGCCAAAAUGGGCUGUUUAUGCUAGGACGUUACUCUCGCUCACAGCCGUUUUUUGUCUCUUCAUUCAAAAUGGCUGUGAGGGAAGAUCAAAGGAGAAAGAACGUCAGAAGCCAAUAAAACCAGGAGAAGGCCAUGGGCAAACGACCUUUGUUGUGUGGUCUAUUCGGUUUUUAGUAAGGUUGGUAGAGAAGGGGGGCUUUUGCCAGGAAAGAAAAGUUUCAAUUUGGAAAGAAAUGCGAAGCCAAAUCAUGGAAUGACAUGGAAAUUAUCCCUCCUCCCCGGGAAUUUGUGGGGCGUUUGUUUGUUUGUUUUUUUUUUGUUUUCAGAACCACUGCAAUUGCCCUACGGUAGAGGCUGGCGGCCGGGAAUUCAUACAAAGACCUCACGGUGGGGCUGAGAUA